AUGUGGGAAGUGUCCGAGCUGAAGCCGGUGUCGACUUUCCAGAUUGAUAUGCAUCUUAAGAAACCAAAACUCACUCUCAGGGAUUUCGAACUCUUAUAUGUUCGUGGGAAAACUGACACGACAGCGCAAUCUCCAAGACGACUGUAUUUAUAUCUUCUUUACAGAAUGAUCGAUAAACGGGCUUUGCAAUUCUGUCGGAGGAAAUUGGGUGAACGGAGGAAAGCAGUGACCAGUCCGAGCUCGCGCUCAGCUAUACGGAUACAUCGGAAACCGAGCGGUAUGAAUGGCGAUGACUUAUUCACGUUUCUUUAUCCGAUCAUGUCUACUGAGGAUCUCAUCACAUGGAUGACGAGACUUUUCCCGCGACAUCUCGAAGAUUUUCAAGAGUAUUUCACGAAAGAUGGCGCUGUGAUAGAUGAGGAUAUUAUGACGACAAGCCACUUCGUUCAACUAUUCAAAUCGGUUUUGUGGAACCGCUGUAAUUUGACUUUCAUUGACCGCCGUGCUGAGAGGCCUGAGAUACCGAUACCACCACGUUCGUUGACAGCUCAAGAGAGAUACUACUCCCGGUGUCGUGAAAUUCGUCAGCAAACGUACGAGCGAAGUCUACUAGAUCGUUUAAAGGUCGAGCCAGCUCCGAAGCCUUAUGUUCAGAAGUUCCCAUUGAGAAAGAGUGUAAUGGAAAUCGAAGGCGCCGCUCGAUCUGUGGAACUCCUUACCACCUGA